AUGGCUACUUCGGACCUUUCAAAUCCAGAUUCUCUGGCCGUUUUAACGGCAAUGGUUAAUCAAACGCUUAUCGAAACCGGCCGCUUUUUUCGAUCAGGGGGUUCUACGCAAUCCAGGGCCCAACUCAAGCGCUCAAUUCCAGUUGCUCAUGAGCAGUUUCAAAGCGCGCUGGACAAUCUGUCCGAGCAGAUCUUCAUUGCCAAGACAUUCCUGGAGAGGGACUACGAGGCUAUUGCAGCCCAAAAGGCAGCACUGCAACCAGCCGAAGAUGUUGUUAUGAGUCAAUUAGAGACCACACAAGACCCCGAAGCUGCGCCACAGGCGGAGGCAACAGCAAUUGACACAAAUCAAGUCCAAUCAGAACCGCACAAGGCUGACACCGUGCAAUCACACACAAGCAUCGAUGCCAGUCAGCAGGACUCCAGUGAAACCCUUGUGAAAGAAGAGAAACCAGCUGAGUCUGGUGCGGUUGGUCCUAAUCAGUCUCAGUCUGGGCCCAGUGAGAUCAAUUUUGAUUCAGUGCUCGAUGAUACUGGCGGGGCGAAUGACUUCGAUCUGAACUUAGACUUUGGAGAUGACGACCUGGGGAACGAGAACUUUUUGUCGGGAUCCAACCUUGGUACUACAAAUACGACUGGUGCCGCCGAGCAGGAGAAGGGGGUUGACCAAAGUGGGGACACGACAACCGAAGUCCCUGGUUUGGAGAAUGGUGCGGCUAACAUCCCAACUGGCGGAGAUAUGUUCGACCUAGAGUUGCAGAAGACCGAUGUAUUUUCCGAUCAAAAUGGGGCCCCAGAAGGGCAGCAAGGCAACCCUACCGAAGAUAUUAUGGCGCCGGGGGAGUCUAGCUUCGAUGACUUAUUCAUGGAUAAUGAGAAUUUUGGCGGUGGAGACGUUGGAGACCCCAGUAUGUUGGAAGGUGAUAGCUUGAUGAACAUGAACGAGCUUGAUGACAGCUGGUUUACUUAG